GACGCCGCCAUGAGGGAGGAGGAAGCGUGAGCAGCUCGGGCUGCGUUCUCUACGAGAGAGCGAUAAACAAGAGAGGGGAGAAAAGUAACGACUGUGUGAGAGAUAGAAGACGAGAGGAGCAUGACAGGCGGCCGGCACUGAGCUGACAGGGGCGCCCGGAGCUGUGACGGACGAGCAGCCUCCGCCUGUGAGGGGGGCAGAAAGGCGCCUUGCUGGAAGGUGGAUUUGUGCACAUUGGAACCGGGGGAAGUUUUCUGUGAGGGACGUGGAGAAGUUUCCGUGGAAGUGACAACUCUGAGGAAAGUUCUCUCCUGUACAUGUUAGCGGGGGCGGCUGCGGUCGCGUCACUGAGCUGACAGGAAUAUGUGGCGCACAGCGGGCUCCCCGGUCUGAUCCGCGUGCCCGUGUGAGGAAACUUUCCGCAGGUGAUUGCCGAGCCUCCGUCUUGGGAUAUUCUGACAGUCGGGUGGCAUUGCGUGCGACAAGGAGGAAGGAUGCACCUGGCGGGCGGGAAGUCGCUGCGUCUUUGGCACCUGGUGCUGGCGGCUUUGUCGCUGCUGCCUGCCUCCAGCCGGGCAUUGGUCUGUUUACCCUGCGAUGAAUCCAAAUGCGAGGAGCCCAAGAACUGCCCUGGGAGUAUCGUUUUGGGCAUCUGCGGCUGCUGCUUCAUGUGCGCCCGGCAGAAGAACGAGAGCUGCGGGGGAGUCUACGGGCUGCACGGAGCCUGCGACAGGGGGCUGCGCUGUGUCAUCCGCCCCCCGCUCAAUGGCGACUCCAUCACGGAGUACGAGGUGGGGGUCUGUGAAGAUGAGAAUUGGGAUGAUGGCCAGCUCUAUGGAUUUGAACCUUGCAAUGAAAACUUUGUAACAGGGUGCAACAUCAUCAAUGGAAAAUGUGAAUGCGACACUAUUCGGACCUGUAACAGUCCUUUUGAAUUCCCCAACCAGGGGUCAUGUCAGGCUGCCCUGAAAAGAAUUGAAGAGGAAAAGCCGGAUUGCUCCACCGCCCGAUGUGAAGUGCAGUUUUCACCACGAUGUGCAGAAGACUCGGUCCUCAUUGAAGGCUACGCUCCUCCUGGGGAAUGUUGCCCGCUGCCCAGCCGAUGUGUGUGCAAUCCCGCAGGGUGCUUGAGGAAGGUUUGCCAGCCGGGCUAUCUAAACAUUGUCGUGUCCAAAGCAUCAGGCAAGCCCGGGGAGUGUUGCGACCUCUAUGAAUGCAAACCAGUUUUCAGUGUGGAUUGCAGUACUGUGGAAUGUCCUCCAGUCCAACAAGUGGUGUGUCCACCAGACAGCUACGCAGCGCAAGUCCGACUGACGGCUGAUGGAUGCUGCACGCUGCCAACAAGAUGUGAAUGUCUCUCUGGGAACUGCAGCUUCCCUGUAUGUGAAGCAGGGUCAAUCCCUCGGAUAGUCUCGCGGGGUAAUGGAACACCUGGGAAGUGCUGUGACAUCUUUGAGUGCGUUAACGAGACAAAGCCGGCGUGUAUAUUUAAUAACGUGGAGUAUUACGAUGGAGAUAUGUUUCGUAUGGAUGCGUGUCGCUUCUGCCGAUGUCAAGGAGGUGUUUCCAUCUGCUUCUCAGCUCAAUGCGGAGAGCUGCACUGUGACCGCUAUUAUGUGCCAGAGGGGGAGUGCUGCCCAGUUUGUGAAGAUCCUGUGUACCCGGUCCAUGAUCCUGCUGGUUGCUACGCUAAUGGACAGAUAAGGAGUCAUGGUGACCGCUGGAGGGAAGAUGACUGCACAUUCUGCCAGUGCAUUAAUGGAGAGCCACAUUGCGUUGCUACAGCAUGUGGCCAGAGCUGUCUGAAACCAGUUAAAGUGCCCGGAGAAUGCUGUCCAGUGUGUGAAGAACCUACAUAUAUCACCAUGUCUCCCCCCACAUGUGAUCUGUUGAUAAACUGCACACUGGCGGAGAAGGACUGCAGUUAUGGAUUCCGGUUAGAUCAGAAUGGCUGCCGCACCUGUCAGUGUAAGACAAGAGAGGAGCUAUGCACUGGACUUAUAUCUGGUUGUGCCUUGGACUGUCCCUAUGGCUUUCAGACUCAUCUCCACAACUGUGAGAUCUGCCAGUGCCGACCAAGACCCAAGAAGUGCAAGCCCGUGGUCUGUGACAAAUACUGUCCUUUCGGCUACCUGAAAAACAAACAUGGCUGUGAAAUCUGCCGCUGCAAGAAGUGUCCGGAUAUCCCAUGUGGAAAGAUUUGUCCUAUGGGCUUUGAGCAAGACAGUCAUGGCUGCCCAAUCUGCAAGUGCAGAGAAUCACCUUCAUCUGCUGGGCCACCUGUUUUGACUGGCACGUGUCUGUCAAUGGAUGGAAGACGUCAUGAGAAUGAAGAGAGCUGGCAUGACGGCUGCCGCGAAUGCUAUUGCCACAAUGGACGGGAAAUGUGUGCGCUGAUAACUUGUCCUGUUCCGGGGUGUGCCAAUCCCACCAUUCUUCCAGGGCAGUGUUGUCCCUCAUGUCCAGAUGACUCUAGCGGGAAGAAGCCUGACUCCACAGACCCAUCAAUCUGCCAUGCUCCUGGAGGGGAAUAUUACAUUGAGGGAGAGACAUGGAAUAUUGAUUCUUGCACCCAGUGUACUUGCCACAGUGGACGAGUCUUGUGCGAGACUGAAGUUUGCCCUCCCCUUCUUUGUCAAAACCCUACUCGUACUCAAGAUUCUUGUUGCCCUCAUUGCCCAGAUGAAUCUCUUCAGCCUUCUGGACCGGGCAAUGACAGUCUGCCCAGCUACUGCAAAAAUGACGAAGGAGACAUUUUCCUGGCAGCAGAGUCUUGGAAACCCAAUGUUUGCACAAGCUGUGUCUGCAUGGAUGGGAUGAUCAGCUGCUACUCUGAAUCCUGUCCGCCUGUAACCUGUGAAAGACCAGUUCUGAGGAAGGGUCAGUGCUGUCCAUACUGCAUAGAGGAUACAAUUCCAAAGAAAGUUGUCUGCCACUUUAAUGGCAAGACUUAUGCAGACGAAGAGAGAUGGGACAUCGACAGCUGCACGCACUGCUACUGUUUGCAAGGACAGACCCUCUGCUCCACAGUCAGCUGCCCACCAUUACCCUGUGUAGAGCCAAUCAAUGGCGAAGGGAGCUGCUGCCCCAUGUGUCCAGAGAUGUAUAUCCCUGAACCCACUAACAUCCCUAUUGAGAAGACAAAUCACAGAGGAAGGAAUGAACAUGGCUUUCCUCACUGGCCAACACCAAGUGAGAAUGAUAUUCACCAUCACAGAGAAAUGGGUCAUCUUAAAGUGAACUACAGGGAAGGUGACAGACCUCAGCCGAGCGAGGACUCCUCACUUCACUCCGUUGCAUGGGUAGCAAUCCCAAUAAUGACAGCCUUGAUUAUCAUCAUAGUCCUUCUUCUUAUAAAUAAGAAAAAGCAGUGGAUUCCAGUACCCUGUUACCGGGCACCUACAAAGCCGACCUGCCUGAACAACCAAUUGGUGUAUGUGGACUGCAAGAAAGGGACUAGGGUACAAGUGGACAGCUCAAAAAGGAUGCUAAGAAUGGCUGACCCAGACUCUAGAUACAGUGGCUUCUACAGUAUGCAAAAACAGAACAACCUUCAGGCAGAUAAUUUCUAUCAAACUGUGUGAGGAACUCCCAGACUUCUAUCACAUGGACUUUCCUUUAUAGAAAAGGAAAAUGAAACAGACAAGAGGAUGGGGAAAGAGACUGAAGCCUGCUUUACAGUAAAGACUAGAACCGUGCACUUGCUUAUUGGAUUGUGUGACAUGUACAGCUGAGACCUUACCGAGAUGAACUGUUGUCUCCUGCAAUGUGCCAAAACAAACAUUCCCACUUUCCCUUUGUAACAACUGACCAAGUGUUUUCUUAGAACCAAAGUUUGGAGAACUGGCUAAUGCGUAUCUGCUUGUAACAUAGCUGUAGAGAUGUUUUCUUUCUUUUAUUUUUUUGGUUGGUUGGGGACAUCAUUUGGGGUACCGACAAUGGAGAGGUCACAAGAGCUCAAUUGGACGUAGGAGGAAGGCAUAUAUAUGUAUAGAGGGGCUCCAAAUGUCUUCUUACAGAGUUGCUAAUACUGGCUUGUCCUGGUAACACACAAGUGAGAAUGGCAGUGCCCCUGCCCCAUUCAAAGACAUUGGCAUCUCCUGCUUCUCAGAAUAUAUAUCACAAGAAAACAAUGCUGAAAAUGGAGUGAUCUUUACAAAUUUUGCUACAGUUUGUCAUACAUGAAAGAUGCUAUGUACAAAUCACAGCCAUGUUCAAGCUGCAAAUAAUUCUUUUUCUAAGCUGAUCUCUCUUCACAUGUACAAUACAAUGAUGUUAAAAAAAAAACAUGCAAAAACCAGAUGAUAGCUGCAGUAAGGUAGAUACGAUGGGUAAGGUUCUAAAACGAUUGAAAAUGUGCUGCUUUUUUUUUUGUAUACAUUUUAUUUGAGUUUAGCAAUUGGCCAGUUGGAGUAAGGUAAAACGACAGAGGGCUUAGUAGGUGUUUUUUCAUAUAUAUAAAUAUAUAUCUAUAUCUGAGCACUGGAUUUUUAUUUUUCCUGAGAGCAGUAUUUAAAGUAGAGCAAUUACAACCUUCACCAGAUACUGUUCUAAUAUUUCUUUCAUAUUGGGGUGUUUUUGUUGCUGAAUUUAUUUUAUUUUAUUUUUGUGUGCGUGUGUGCGAACAUAUGUGUAUGACUUUUGCUGCAUUUUUGCGCUACCAAGAGAAGGAUUAAAAUUGCUAUGACAUUUUGUUGAUGCUGGAGAGACAAUGGUUUUAGGCAUCAAGAAAGAAAACCAUUGGCAUAAGCUUGCUGGAAUUAAAAUAAGUUGAGACAGGGUCGGGGCAGAACUAUUUUUUAGAUUCCAUUUUAUUUUUUUCGUUCUUUUCAUUGAUUUUUUUUUUUUUAAGUUACUGAUGUGCAGAUUAGAAAACUGCUACCCUGUUUUGAAGUUGCUUCAUUUUAUAGUAUUCAAGCACCUUUUUUCAAAGCUGAGUAAAAAAAAAAACACAAAAAAAAAACAAAAACAGCAAAAGUUACAAAAAAGUAAAUGAGAGAAGAUUAUGCUUGUUCAAACUUUAGCAUUAUAGGAAUAUUUAUGUAAAUUUAUAUUAUGCUAAAAUGACAAAGUAUUUGUAUAUAUAUAUAUAUAUAUAAAAUAUAUAUAUAUAAUUUUAUAUGUUUUUUUUUCCUGUUGAAUGUAUUUUUAACCAAGAAAGAGAAAUUUACCCGUAAAAGAUACAUUAAAAACCAGCAUUCCAUAACAAUGCUUAACUGCUUGUCAGUUCAGAUAAGGAUGCAGGCAUUUUUUUAUUCUACCUACUGUUUUAAUUUUCUUUUGUGUUUGUGUGUGCUUUUGUCUCUGUACCUGUUCACGUAUUAUUACGUGAAUAUGCAUUAUGUAAAAUGUGUGUACCGUAUGUGUCAGUGUGAACCUAAAAACCACAGUGACUUCAGCAAUAAGCAAAAGUCCUGCUACUUUGGAUAUUCAGUUGGGGGAGGGGCUUUUAAUUUAUUAUACAGUAUAUUCUUCUGUUUUGCUAUGUUCUCUGUUUUGCUGAACAUGUCCAGGAACUGGGCUUGGUUGUUUGGUGUUGUGAGGUGAAAUUCAGUUGAAUCAGAUAUAGAAUACAUUACAACUUCGUGUAUCAUCGAGAAAAGACGUGUGGGACUUAAAAGCUUAGACCUUGUUCACGACAGAACAUAAAUGCCUUCAUGUUUCUAUUCGCCAUGUUUGCUACAGUAAGCAUGGAUACCAUCAGAGGUGAGAGGGGCUAUUAGGAGCAGCUACGGUAUAGAUCUAUAUAUGUAUGUAUAUAUAUAUAUAUAUAUAUAUAGAACACACCAAACAAAAAAAUGACUCCUAAUAGAGUAAUGAGGGCAAUAAUGUUUUGUGAGCAUUGCUUUGGAAUGUAUUUUUAGUCCCAUUAAAAAUUCUUUUCAUAUAUAUUAAGAAAAAUAUGCACAUUGCUGGAGUCUUUCAAACAGCUUGAUUUUUCUUCAGACGUUGAGCUUCAUAAUCAUGAGGAAACACCAGUAGAGAUCCCGCACGUGGCCAAAGCACAAGUGUAACUCAUUGUUCUCUCACAGGAUUGUGUAGAUACAAUGUGCAUUGAUAGAAUAGUGUCUGCUUCAUGUUUGAUAUUCUUUGCAAUUAAACUGCAGUGUAUAUGCACAUUUGUCUAAAUAUAUAUAUAUAUAUAUAUAUAUAUAUAUAUAUACAUACACAAAGACAUAUGUGAAAGAGCACCCCAUGUAAAGUUAUAGAACAAAAAACGUAAUAAUUAGCCUUUGCAAUUAUUUUUUUAAACAAAAAUUCACAUUUCCGACUGUGGUGGAGGAUCUCAUCUGAUAUUACCCUUUGGCAAAAACAACCUCCAGCGGGAACUUCUUAUAACUGUCUAAUAGUCUCUGACAUUGUCCAUUUUCUCAGCUGUGCUAUUUCUUGGUGAAUUUACAGGUAUGUAUGGGUACACCAUAUUGAAUAUGAACAGUCCACUUUUGAUUAAGUCCAAACAUGACACGUGGUAAAACAAUUUGCUCUUGUACUAUGAACAAUGCCUUGAUACAACAAAGCAGCAUAAAGCAAUAACAUUUCUACCACCUUGAUUUACAGUUGCUAUCAGGUUCUUCUGAUGAAAUACUGUCUUUGUUUUUCACAUAAUUUUUCUUCUGCUACUGCACCUGAUAAUGCCAUCUUUUCUCCUGACACAACUUUCACGUAGAAGAUCUAAUCUGAGUAGUAAAAAUGGUGGUGAGAACUGUCUAUAGAUCCAUGAUGAAAUUCGGAGCUUCUUAGAGACUUUUAGCAUCUUGUGUUCCACUCUAAGGCUGAAGUUGCUGGGACAGUCUGAGGUUCCAGUUGUUUGAAAUCUUCUGACAUAAAUUACUUUUCCAGACAGUUCAAUGACUGAUCCAAUUGUUUGGUGAUGGUGGUGAGAACUGUCUAUAGAUCCAUGAUGAAAUUUAGAGCUUCUUAGAGACCUUCGGCAUCUUGUGUUCUACUGUCAGACUGAACUUGCUGGGACAGCCUGGUCAAGCUAGUUUCCAGUUGUUUGAAAUCUUCUCACUUAUAGUUGAUUUUUCCAGACAGUUCAAUGACUGAUCCAAUUGUUUGGUGAUCAUUUUAGAUUUCUUUCCAGACCAUUAUAAUCUUCUUUCUAAUGGUAUCAUAGAGCUCUUUGAAUCUAAGCCUUGUGAUGCCACACUUUUCAACAACAGAGAGCAAACCAAUCUACAUGUGUGAGGGUUAAAUAAGGCUACUUUC